AUGAGUUCCUUGGCGGUGGAUCUCAAUAGGGUGGGAUUUUUGUUGGUCACUGGGGCUUCUAGGGGCAUUGGUCAGACUAUGGCUGUUGAAUGUGCCAAAGAAUUGAAGCCAGGUAGUUUGGUUCUUCUCCUAGCCCGAUCAGCUGCCGGUUUGGAGGAGACUCGUGCUCAAAUCUUGCGAGAGAAUGAUCGAGUGACCAUUGUUACGGCUUCGGUGGAUCUCACGGAACCCUCAAAGGAGGAACUGGAGGGAAUUAUUGGGAAAUCUCUUGCCAAUAGCUCAAAGGAGUCUUUUGAAUUUGCCCUGGCCAUUCACAAUGUUGGUACCUUGGGGGAUGUGACUAAGUGGGCAGGUGAUCUGGAUACUCAAGGCAUCUGGAGGGAGCACUUUGCCAUGAAUGUCUUCUCUGUGGCUCUCCUUAAUUGUGUUUUCCUGGCGACCUUCGAGAAGCAUCAGAAAGUUGUUGUUAAUGUCACUUCCAAGGCUGCCCUUGAACCCUUUUCCAGCAUGUCUCUCUACUGUAGCUCUCGUGCUGCCCGGGAGAUGUACUUCCGUUGCCUGGCGGCGGAGAAUCCUUCCAUUGUCGUGCUUAACUAUUCUCCGGGACCCGUUGACACGGACAUGGCAGAGGAAAUCCGUACAAAUUCCAUCGAUGCUCAAUUGAAAAGCACCAUGACGAAUCUCUUCACGGAUGGGAAGCUAGUGACUCGUUCCCAGACCACCAAGAAGUUCCUUCAGGUGCUGAAGGAGGGAAACUUCACUUCUGGAGCCCAUGUUGAUUUUUACGAUUAAUUCCGGAAUUCCGGAGGGAACAAAAAUCAUUCCAAUCUUUGUAGAAACUUCCUUUUGUUUUUGUAGAAUACACGGCAUUUUCCUAGCUCAAA